UCUGUAGAAACGGUACAACGAAGCAAUAGCUUAGCACAAAGCCAUGGCUUCUCUGUUACAGCAUCUGGGGCUCUUCUUGCUUUUCUUCGUCUCUUGCCACAGCCAGUACCACCCACUAGACUCUCUAACCCCAUCUGAGUUCCACCAAGUUCAAGCCAUUGUCAAGGGGUCGAACCCUGGCUCCAGCCUCAACAUGACCUUCCAGUAUGUUGGGCUGGACGAGCCAGACAAGUCCAUCGUCCUCUCAUGGCUCUCGAACCCCAACUCUACAACCCCACCUCCACCUCGCCGAGCCUUUGUUAUCACUCGACUCCACAGCCAAACCCACGAAAUCAUCGUUGACUUGUCAACUCAGUCCAUCAUCUCCGACGAAGUCUACGGUGGACACGGCUACCCUUUGCUGACCAGCGAGGAACAAACGGCUGCAUCCGUACUGCCUCUAACUUAUCCACCAUUUAUAGCUUCAAUUACGAAGAGAAGUCUCAAGUUAUCCGAUGUUGUUUGUUCUACCUUUACAGUGGGGUGGUUUGGAGAAGAUAAGAGCAGAAGAGUGUUGAAAAUACCGUGUUUUUACACAGACGGGACAGCUAAUUUAUACAUGAGACCGAUAGAAGGGGUAACAAUAGUAGUUGAUCUUGAUGAUAUGAAGAUAAUCGAAUACUAUGACAGAUUAAUGGUUCCAGUGCCGGAAGCGGAAGGAACGGAAUACCGAUUGUCCAAGCAGAAUCCCCCAUUUGGUCCUCCCCUAAACGGUGUGUCGGCCAUGCCACCAGAUGGACCUGGAUUCAAGAUCGAUGGGCACAAUGUCAGGUGGGCUAACUGGGACUUCCAUAUAAGCUUUGAUGCACGAGCGGGUCUAAUCAUAUCACUUGCAUCAAUUUAUGAUCUCCAGAAGGGCACAUUUCGUCAAGUGUUAUAUAGAGGACACGUAUCCGAGCUCUUUGUACCAUAUAUGGAUCCAACUGAGGAAUGGUACUAUAGAACCUAUUUCGAUGAAGGUGAAUUUGGGUUGGGUAUAUGCACAGUCCCACUUCAACCAAUGCUAGAUUGCCCACCGAAUGCAGUAUUCAUGGAUGGGUAUUAUGCUAGCCAAGAUGGCAAACCAAUGGGUAUAUCAAAUGCUUUUUGCAUAUAUGAACAAGAAGCAGGAAGAAUCAUGUGGCGUCAUACUGAGACUGACAUUCCAGGAGAAGAGAUAAAGGAGGUGAGGCCAGAAGUGAGCCUAGUAGUAAGGAUGGUCGUGGCACUCACCAACUAUGACUAUAUACUUGAUUGGGAAUUCAAGCCCAGCGGCUCCAUCAAAUUUGGGGUGGGCUUAACUGGUAUACCGGCAGUGAAAGGGGUAUCAUACACUUACACAGAUCAGAUAAAGGAGGAUGUUUAUGGCACAUUGUUGGCACCUAACGCUAUUGGUGUAAACCAUGAUCACUUCUUCACAUACCGUCUUGAUCUCGAUGUAGAUGGGGAUGCCAACUCCUUUGUCAAGGCCAAUUUGGAAACAAAGAGAGUAACAGACAAUAGUUCACCGAGGAAGAGUUAUUGGACGGUUGUGAGUGAGACUGCUAAAACUGAAUCUGAUGCACAAAUUCAACUACGAUUGAAGCCAGUUGAGCUAAUAGUGGUGAAUCCUAAUAAGAAAACCAAGCUUGGGAACUAUGUUGGUUAUCGCCUAAUUCCAGGGUCAUUAUCUAGCCCGCUUCUGUCAGAUGAUGACUACCCGCAAAUUCGUGGUGCCUUCACGAAGUAUGAUGUUUGGAUCACUCCAUAUAACAAGUCUGAAAAAUGGGCAGGAGGAUUGUAUAUGGACCAGAGUCGAGGGGAUGACACCUUAGCUGUUUGGAGCCAGAGGAAUAGGGAGAUUGAAAACAAAGACAUUGUGUUGUGGUACACAAUAGGAUUUCACCAUGUUCCUUGCCAAGAAGAUUUUCCAGUCAUGCCAACAUUGAGUGGUGGAUUUGAGCUCCGACCCACCAAUUUCUUUGAGAACAAUCCUGUGUUGAAAACAAAACCGCCUACUCCUGUGUCUUGGCCUAAUUGCACCCACUAGGUCAUAGAUGGAAUAUGCACAAGAAUGCUUCUCCUGUUGGCAAUAUGAAAAAUUCAGCUACUUUCGUAAGUCUUGACAAAUGUUUUGCAUUUUGCAUUUAGUACCCUCAUGGUAUGAAUAAAUAUGACUAUUACUAAUA